CAGCUGCGUCCCGGGGCGCGCACGGGGGUCCCCUCGCCUUCUCUCCAGAGGCGCACGCGUUUGGCCAACCUCCCCAAAAUCCUAGUUGAAAGCUAUCGCCAUGGCCACAAGAUCCAUUGUGGACUCCAAGCAGGCCGAGGAGGUGGUGCAGGGUAUCCCGACCGAGGUGGUGUGCACAGCCUUCGCCAACACGAUCCUGGUGGUGGUGACCCAGUACGGGAAGAUGGGGACCCUCGUCUCGGUGGAGCCGAACGUGGUGGCCGACGGUAUCAGCAGCCCUUUGCUCACCACAAAAGUCCUGCUUGGCAAAGAUGAGCCCCUCGUCCACAUCUGUGCCAAACAUCUGGCGACGUCGGUGUCUCAGGAAGCUGGGAACAAGCCGGUUCUCCUGGCGCUGGCCUUGAAGGACAAGAGCGUCGAAGGGAUCCGGAUUCUGCAAGAGGUGAUUGGCCGGUGCCGGGUGUGGUGAGGUCCGACCUGCAGUGUGAAAGACGUCGACUCGCUGGGACUGAUGGUCUUUUCUCACUUGAGGUAUUAACCUCUUUCCGGUGAGCCCUGCCUUGGAUGUGCCUUUGCUACAGAGACAAUGGUUGUUGUUGUUGUUUAUAAAAAAUCUGAGUAUAGCAGAACAAAUAAGCAGGACACCAAAAUUGCAAAAGGUUUGCCUUCAACACGACCAUCUUGCGUUCCUGAUCUGCAAUGAGCGAGUCAGUUGCAGCUCAAUAAAUUACCUCCACGAAGAUCCA